UCUCUGUUCAUCGCUUCUUUUUCAAAUACAGCGUAGACUUUUGCAGAAGAACACAGAUUCUUGGUUGAACCAAUGGCUGAAGAAGGGCAAGUGAUUGGAAUUCAUAAGGUUGAAGAAUUUGAUACGUUAGUCAAGCUAGGAAACGAAGCGGGUAAACUGAUUGUGGUGGAUUUUACUGCUUCCUGGUGUCCACCAUGCCGUUUCAUUGCUCCAAUAUUCGCAGAGUUGGCUAAGGCGAACGUCAAUGUCAUUUUCCUGAAAGUGGACGUCGAUGAAGUUAAAGAAAUUGCUGAGAAGUACGGGGUUAAUGCAAUGCCGACCUUUGUUUUCCUGAAAGAUGAGAAUGAAAUUCACAGGAUUGUGGGUGCUGACAAAGUGCAGCUGGGGAAUAAAGUAGCUGAGUUAGCCCGUUCAGCGGCUGCUUCUGCUACUUCUAGUGCAUAAAUGGUCACCUUGGAAGAUCUUUCUCUCUCUUCUUAUUAUUAUGGUGUAUUAAUGAUUCUGGUUUCGGGUUUGUUCUACUUGUGGAUUUCAUGACAUUGUGUCUGAGAUGUUUACUUUGUUUAAUGAAUGUUUGUAGAACAAUAAAUGUAUAAUAAGAUUUAACAUAUAUGAUAAAUUAGCUGUUUGAGCUUUUGAAUUCAA